AUGGCCGGCCCGGCCCCGUCCGCCGCCGACGAGCUGCCCGGCCCGGCGCGGCGCCUCUACUCCAGGAUGGAGGCCUCGUGCCUGGAGCUUGCCCUGGAGGGGGAGCGUCUCUGCAAGGCUGGGGAUUUCAAGGCGGGCGCGGCCUUCUUUGAGGCAGCGGUGCAGGUGGGCACCGAGGAUCUGAAGACGCUGAGUGCCAUCUACAGCCAGCUAGGCAACGCCUACUUCUACCUGAAGGAGUACGGCCGGGCGCUGGAGUACCACAGGCACGACCUGCUGCUGGCCCGGACCAUCGGUGACCGCAUGGGGGAGGCCAAGGCCAGUGGAAACCUGGGGAACACGCUCAAGGUCCUGGGCCGCUUUGACGAGGCCGUCGUCUGCUGCCAGCGGCACCUGGACAUCGCCCAGGAGCAGGGGGACAAGGUCGGGGAGGCGAGGGCACUGUACAACAUCGGCAACGUCUACCACGCCAAGGGCAAGCAGCUGUCCUGGAAUGCUGCCCAGGACCCCGGGCACCUGCCACCCGACGUCCGGGAGCCACUGCGCAGAGCCUCCGAGUUCUAUGAGAGGAAUCUGUCCCUGGUGAAGGAGUUGGGUGACCGGGCGGCCCAGGGCAGAGCCUACGGCAACCUAGGCAACACCCACUACCUGCUGGGCAGCUUCAUGGAGGCCACAGCCUUCCACAAGGAGCGCCUGGCCAUUGCUAAGGAAUUCGGAGAUAAGGCAGCCGAGAGGAGGGCCUACAGCAACCUGGGGAACGCCCACAUCUUUCUGGGGCGCUUUGACGUGGCCGCCGAGUACUACAAGAAGACACUGCAGCUGUCCCGGCAGCUCAAGGACCAGGCAGUGGAGGCACAGGCAUGCUACAGCCUGGGCAACACGUACACGCUGCUGCAGGACUACGAGCGCGCAGCUGAGUACCACCUGCGGCACCUGCUCAUCGCCCAGGAACUGGCUGACAGAGUGGGUGAGGGCCGGGCGUGCUGGAGUUUGGGGAAUGCCUACGUGUCCAUGGGGAGCCCGGCGCAGGCCCUAACUUUCGCCAAGAAGCACUUGGAGAUCUCCCAGGAGAUCGGGGACCGCAAUGGGGAGCUCACCGCCCGCAUGAACGUGGCGCAGCUACAGCUGGUGCUGGGCCGGCUGACCAGCCCAGCGGCCACAGAGAAACCGGACCUGGCUGGCUACGAGGCCCAAGGUGCCAGGCCCAAGAGGACACAGAGGCUGAGUGCAGAGACCUGGGGCCUGCUGAGGCUCCCCCUGGAGCGGGAGCAGAAUGGAGACAGCCACCAGGUGGGGGAGUGGCGGGGGCCGGGCAGGGACAUGCUCCCUCUCCCCAUGAGGAGCAGGAAGUACCAGGAGGGGCUGGAGGCUACCGAGAGGCCCCGAGAGGGCGGCCACUCCCCGCUGGACAGCGCGGACGUCCGGGUGCAGGUGCCUCGCACGAGUAUCCCUCGGGCACCGUCCUCCGAUGAGGAGUGCUUCUUUGACCUGCUGAGCAAGUUCCAGAGCAGCCGAAUGGAUGACCAGCGCUGUCCCCUGGAGGAGGGCCAACCUGGGGCUGCAGAGGCCACAGCCGCCCCCACCCCGGAGGAGAGGGUCGCCCAGCCCUCGCUGACGGCCUCCCCGCAGACCGAGGAGCUGCUGGACCUCAUUGCCAGCUCCCAGAGCCGCCGGCUGGACGACCAGCGUGCCAGUGUGGGCAGCCUGCCUGGGCUGCGUGUCACCCACAGCAACCUGGGUCGUCUGCGCGGGGAUGGGGACCCCCAGGAGCCGGGGGAUGAGUUCUUCAACAUGCUCAUCAAGUGCCAGUCCUCCAGGAUCGAUGACCAGCGCUGCCCGCCUCCUGACGUGCUGCCCCGAGGCCCCACCAUGCCCGACGAGGAUUUCUUCAGCCUCAUUCAGAGGGUGCAGGCCAAGCGGAUGGAUGAGCAGCGGGUGGACCUUGCUGGGAGCCCAGAGCAAGAGGCGGAUGGGAGCCCUGAGCCCCGGCAGCAGUGCCAGCCUGGUGCCAGCUAAGACUCCAUAGCCUCAGCCAGGCUGGCCCCACCCCAACUCCUGGACUUGGGGCCAGGGGGCUUACACCUGUGAUGCCCACGGCCCCUCGAGAAGCCCGUUCCUCUGGAGGCCAUGGCUGGGUGCAGGCUCUGCACCCUCUGGCCCUUCCCGCUGUGCAGAUGCUAGGCACGGCCCUCACGCUGUUCCCUCCCAGGGUGGCAGGCUCAGGCAGGGCUGCCCUGGGCGUGCGGGCUCACCCCAGUCCUGGACCUGCCCCUCCCCGCCCUGGGUCCGGCCUGCUGCUUGUUGGUCCCCAAACCCUCAAAGGCCUCUCCCCGCCCUGCCCAGCUCCAUCCCUCCGUAGCGCCCAGCAGAUGUGAAGACAGCUGCCUCCCCUGUGCCCCCGAGGGCUAUUCUAAAGCCUUUGCUGUGGUGUCUGCCAGUGACACGGACGUUUUUGUCCUCCCAAAGGGGGUCCCAGGGGUGACGGAGCAGACAUGCUGGCCCUGCCCCCUCACCCCUCCUCGGGCCACAGCAUCAGAAAGCCUGGAGCCUGACGAGGCCAUGCUGCCAGGCCAGGGCCAGGUCGCCAUGCCCUGGGCACUCAGCCCCCAGCCCCAGCUGGCAUCCAGCCCCGAGCAGGGAGAAGGCAAGGGUGGGGCUGAGCCGGGACACCCCUCGGCUCCAGCCCCAAAGCCCAGAGACACAGCGGCCUGGUUCUGGACACCAGCCAGCAGCAAAGUCAGCACCCUGACCACACCAGGAGUGGACAGCAGGAAUGGGCCCCCAGGUGAGCACCCAGCCCUCCACUGGGCAGAUGACAUUACUGCCUUCUUGUGGGGAGGGUCCGGUGCCCACACGCCCACGUUGGCCCGUGGGCCAGGGUAGGAGGCCAGUGCUCCAGGGGCUGUGGCCACAGCUCUCGUGCAGGCCCCUGCCUUGGCCAGCCACCAGCCCCUCCAGCGAGUUCCUGGCCCCACAGCACAGCCCCUAGGGCAUGAGGGGCGCCUCCUCCCCAGGGGGCGCCCCAGCUGGGCUCCUCGGUCUUUCUCAGUGGCUCUCCAAGUAUGGGGAGGCUGCUGGACCCCCAUCCACCUGCAGUGCAGCCUGGGGCCCAGGGGCCAUGCCCCGAAGGGUAUGGGUGGGGGCCCAGGUGCGGGGUCAGAUGCACAACACAGGCUUCUUCUUGGCCGCCCCACAUACUUGAAUGUACAUGCAUAUUUAUUGCUCACAUGUGUUUGCCAUGCUGUCAGUGGGUCCUUUCCAACCCAAGGUACAUUUUUUUGUUUUUCCCAAAAAAAUAAAGUCUGCCAAGUGAA